AUGCAGAGUGACGAUGGAGACGAGAUGCUGUGUGUUGACACAGACUCUGAUGUGGCGGAACAGAGGGAGAGUUGUAAAGUUAAAGUGAAGUGGACACAUGAGGAGGAUGAUAAUCUAAAGAUCCUGGUGCACAACUUUGGAAAAAGUGACUGGAAAACUAUUGUCAGCUUCCUACCAGGACGCACAGAGUACCAAUGUAUGCACCGCUAUAUGAAGGCUCUGGAUCCAGAUAUAAUCAAGGGUACUUGGACCAAGAAGGAGGAUGACAAGGUCAUUGAGCUGGUGAGUAAAUAUGGGACCAAACAGUGGGCGAUGGUGGCCAAGCACCUGAAGGGCCGCCUUGGGAAGCAGUGCAGGGAGCGCUGGCACAACCACCUCAACCCGGACGUUAAGAAGUCCUCAUGGACCCCAGAGGAAGACCUGAUCAUCUACAAAGCCCACUGCGUCCUGGGGAACCGCUGGGCUGAGAUCGCCAAGCUGCUAUCUGGAAGGACUGACAAUGCUGUGAAAAACCACUGGAACUCAACCAUCAAACGUAAAGUAGAGAUGGGAGCAUAUUAUGGACAAUGA